UCCAUGGCUGCCGAGAUAACCUACGGCUCCCGUCGGUGGAUGUAUGAUGUCUUUCUGAGUUUUUGCGGUCAGGACACACGCCUGAACUUCACCGAUCACCUCUUUCAAGAGUUGGUACGGGAUGGGAUUCACACCUUUAGAGACGACGAAGAGCUAAACAGAGGAGAGGAUAUCAAAUCAGAACUGAUGGCAGCCAUCGAGGUUUCUAGGAUUGCAAUUAUCGUCUUCUCUGAGAAUUAUGCUUCUUCCACCUGGUGCCUUGAUGAGCUGGUGAGGAUCAUCCAGUGCAAUAAAGAUGGCAGAAUGGAAAAGAUUCUGCCUGUUUUCUACAAGUUGGAUCCAUCGGAUGUGAGGAAGCAGAGUAAACGUUAUGCAGAUGCAUUUACGAAACACGAAGAGCGUUUCAAGGAUGAAAUGGGGAAGGUGGAGACAUGGAGGGCUGCUCUUACUGAAGCUGCGAAUUUGUCUGGGUGGGAUCAAGAAAAGAUUGCAAAUGGGCAUGAGGCUGAGCUUACAAAGAAAAUUGUUGAACAAGUGUUGAGAAUAGUGAACAGGACACGCUUGCAUGUUGCGGAACAUCCAAUUGGGUUAGAUUCCCACAUUGAUCGCUUACAUGGUUUGCUAAAUGAUGGCAGAUUGGAUGUUGUUCGCAUCAUAGGGAUAUAUGGCCCAGGUGGAAUAGGUAAGACAACUAUAGCGAAGGCCGUUUUUAACGCUAUGUUUGAAAAUUUUGAUGGUUGCAGCUUUCUUAAGAAUGUUACAGAGGUUUCAAGACAAUAUGAGGGUUUAGUGCGUUUACAAAAGCAACUUCUCUCUAAUGUCUUGAAGAGGAAAGACAUAGACAUAGAGGAUGAGGACCAAGGAAUCAGUAUUAUCAGAGCCCGUUUUUGCCGUAAAAGAGUUCUUAUUGUUCUUGACGACAUGAAGGAAAUGGAACAAUUCUAUAAAUUGGUUGGAAAGUGUGAUUCGUUUGAUUCAGGAAGUCGAAUCAUCAUAACAACUAGAGAUAAACACUUUCUUCAAAAGUUGAAUGUGGAUGAAAAAUAUAAAUAUAGAGUCAAUACAAUGGAUCGAAAAGAAUCCCUUCAACUUUUCAGUUGCCAUGCCUUUAAUGGACAAAACCAUCCAUUAAAAGGCUUUGAGAAGCUCUCAAAUAAAGUAGUACAUUAUGCAGGAGGUUUUCCAUUAGCUCUUGAGGUUUUGGGUUGUCAUCUAUGCAAAAGAAGAAAAGUUGAGUGGAAAAAUGAAUUGAUGAAAUUAAAAAAGAUACCCAAUGGCAAGAUUCAAAAAAUACUUCAAAUAAGUUUUGAUGCAUUAGAUGCCGACAACAAAGCCAUAUUCCUUGAUUUAUCAUGCUUUUUCGUUGGCAGGGACAAAAAUUUUAUUUUUAGGAUUCUAGAUGCUUGUGUUCUAGAUGGAGAAGCUGGAAUUAAACGUGGGUUAGCUGGAAUUAAACUUCUUAGAGAGAGGUCUCUGGUAACAGUUGAUGAAAAUAACAGACUACACAUGCAUGAUUUGAUUCGAGAAAUGGGAAGAGAAAUUGUUCGCAAAGAAUCUCCUAGGAAGCCUGGAGAACGUAGUAGAGUGUGGAACAGCGAUGAAGCCAUUGAUGUAAUGAGAAACCUCACUGGAACUGAUGCAGUUGAAGGCCUUCGAUUAAACUUGUCUCAAUACAAUGUGGAAGAGUCCGGCCCGUUGACCACUAAAGGAUUUUCAAAAAUGCCUAAUUUAAGAGUUCUCUUAGGUGGUGGGUCAAGAACCCAAAUCAAUUCAAAUGUAUCUCAUGAACAACACUCUCUUCAGAUGCAGGAGGGGGAUUUUUGGUUUAAAAAACUUAGAUAG